AUGCGGCGGCCUCUGAGUCUGUUGCCUUCAUUGUUACUGCAAGUAGGACUGCUACAUACGGGCGCCGUCGCUACGACAGCAUCUAUCCAUGACGAGUCAUGGCAACCGGAAUAUGUCCUUCGCGCAACGUUCGAGAAUAUUACUAUGAACUGCGAGGAGCGCGAGUCGGUGUUAUUCAAUGGCACAACGCCCGGGCCCGCGCUAUACUUGAAGGAAGGGGAAACGACCUGGGUCAGAGUAUACAAUGACAUGUCUGAUCUCAACAUCACGGUGCAUUGGCAUGGACUUACCAUGAGAACUGCACCGUUCUCGGACGGAACACCUAUAGUGGCGCAAUGGCCUAUAGCUCCGGGCAGGUUCUUUGACUAUGAAAUACACCCCGAAGUAGGCGAUGCCGGUACCUAUUUCUACCAUUCUCAUAUGGGGUUCCAAGCCGUCACAGCACACGGACUGUUGAUUGUAGAGGAUCAAGAUGAGCCACCUUACGAGUACGACGAUGAUAUUCCAGUUGUAUUUGCAGACUGGUACAUGAAAUCGGACGAGGAGGUAGAAACAGGCCUCACGUCCAAACCAUUCAAGUGGUCAGGGGAACCCGACGCGUUGGUCUUCAACGACCGCACAGGAAACAAGUCAUUCGAGGAUGCGCCUGAUGACUCCUGCAAACCGUACAUUAUCGAUGUGGAGCCGUCAACAACCUACCGGUUUCGAUUCGUCGGGGGCACUGCAAUUUCGUUUGUACAUUUCGGUAUUGAAGACCACUCGAAUCUCACAGUUAUCUCGGCCGAUGGGCUUUAUACAAGACCAGCCUGCACAGAUCGUAUCCAAAUUGGAAGUGGCCAACGAUUUGACGUUCUACUAACCACAAAGAGCGAAGAAGAACUUGAUGAUGACGGGAAAGAUGGGCAAUAUUGGUUUCGAUUUGAAAGCCGUGGCCGUCCGGAAGAUAUGGGGGGAUAUGCGCUAUUACAAUACAACACCGACAGCUCGAACUCGAAAAGGGAUUCGGUAAAUGGAAAGCGCUCUCCUAAUGCACGAGACGGACAACAUAAAAGUAACCUACCAAAGUUCCCUGAUAAACCGCCUGUUAAGCUACCUCCGGAUGGCAAAUCAAUCCCCAACUGGCUUGAAUAUACCCUAUCGCCGUUGAAUACUACCUAUAAGUUCCCAACUCUCGACGAAGUAACCCGUACUUUGUACGUUACGGUGAACCAAGACAUCAUUAAUGGGUCAUACAACGGAGGCACAAUAGAUGGCUCUUUGGUGUGGGAGUCAAACAACUUAUCCUGGACAGAAGUAGAGGCGCAAAAGUUACAUUAUACUCCAUACCUAAUUCAAGCGUAUGUUGAGGGAAAGACGCCAGACUACCAAGCAGCAUUAGACAAUAAGGGAUGGGACCCAAGUACCAGGGCAUUCCCGGCCCUGGUCGGCGAGGUCUUAGAUAUCGUGUGGCAGAGUAACUCGGGUCCUACAGGCGGGUUCGAAUAUCACCCGAUGCACGCACAUGGCGAGCAUUACUGGGACCUGGGAUCCGGUAACGGUACAUAUGACGCCGUGGCUAACGAGGAGAAGUUCAAGAACUACACGCCCAUGAAACGCGAUACGACAAUGUUACACCGAUAUGCGUCCGAGGCUGCCGACAAUACCACGUCCGGUUGGCGAGCGUGGAGAAUCCGGGUGACUGAAGAUAACGUCGGCGCCUGGAUGAUGCAUUGUCAUAUCUUGCAACACAUGAUCAUGGGUAUGCAAACGGUCUGGGUGUUUGGUGAUGCAGUGUCGAUCCUUCGGGAGAUCCCCCCGCCGUACAUAAGCGGCUAUUUAGAUUAUGGUGGCAACGCGUACGGUAGCGAAACUGACGACCCGCUAGUCCUCGAAUAUUAUACGGAGUAA